AUGGGUUUUGAAGACUGCAAUAUGUUGUUGUCUUCAGCAGCCUCAAUCCAAAAAAAAUCCCUUCUUUUUCUUCUUCUUCUUCUCCUUCUUGCUUGCUGUUUAGGAGGUUGUAUAGCUGCAGACACCAUUACAAUCACUAGCCCAGUUCGAGAUUCUGAUACAAUAGUUUCCUCUAAACAAAGCUUCAGAUUAGGCUUCUUUAGUCCUCCAGGUUCUACUGAUCGUUAUGUCGGAAUCAUGUUCAACAUUCCUGAUACAACAACCACCAUAUGGGUGGCAAAUAGGGAUGAACCCUUAAAAGAUUCAAAAGGGGUUUUGUCAAUCUCGGAAGAUGGCAACCUGGUGAUCUUAGAUGGGCAGAAUUAUAUUGUAUGGUCAUCUAAUGUUUCGAAUAUUGUUGGCAAUACAAGUGCUCAACUCUGGGAUACAGGGGAUUUGGUCUUGAAGGACUCCAAUGGAAGAACUAUAUGGGAAAGCUUUCAAAUUCUUGGUGAUUCUUUGGUGUCGGAGAUGAAGCUAAGUGCUGCUGGAACAAAAGACAAGCUCCAGUUAACUUCAUGGAAAAGCUCAUCUAAUCCAUCUGUUGGAAGUUUCAGAGCAGGUUUGAAUCCUUCCCUAAUUCCCGAGUUUUUUGUUUGGGAAGGUAAUAAACCUCUGUGGAGGAGUGGGCCAUGGAGUGGUAAUGCUUUCAUUGGAAUACCAGGCAUGGCGGCUGUAUAUCAGAAUAGAUUGGAUCGGGUGGAAGGAUCUGUAUAUGUUUUUAAUUCGGUGAAUAAUCCUCAUUUGUUUUACUACAAGUUGAACUCAACAGGAGCUCUGCAGUCAAAGGUGUUUUCCAAUGGGGAUUGGAAUGUUACAUGGUCAAGUCAAAGAACUCAAUGUGAUUCCUAUGGAAAAUGUGGCCCUUUUGCAGUCUGUAAUCCUCGGACUUUGCCAAUUUGUAAGUGUUUGCCUGGUUUUGUUCCUAAUGAUGAUGAGGAAUGGAAGAAUGAAAUUUGGGAUGGAGGUUGCAAGAGAGAGGAAUCGCUGCAGUGUGGAAGGAAUCAGUCAGAUGGAUUCUUCAACAUUUCAAACAUAAAAGUUCCAGACUUGUUUCGAACUGAAGGAGUUUCAGAAGAAUUAUGUGGUGAUUCUUGCCUGCAAGAUUGUUCAUGCACAGCUUAUGCUUAUUACACUGGCGUUGGCUGUAUGCACUGGAAUGGCAGCUUGAUAGAUAUGCAGCAGUUCACCUAUGACGGCGCGGUGCUGCACCUACGCGUGCCUUAUUCCUUUCUACAACGACACCAUCAUGGUAAAAAGGGUCAUACAAAGGUAGUCAUUGCAGUUUCAGUAACUUUAGCAGCUUUACUCAUCCUUCUUGCUGCAUACAUUUGCUGGAAGAGGUUGGCAAAGCGCAGAGGAAAGGAGAAAGAAGAUAAAAUUCAAUUUGUUGAAUCCGCGAGAAGAGUUGAAAGCUCUUUUAGCAGCUCCAUUGAUAGAGCCAAGUUUGAAGAGCUGCCUCUCUAUAGUUAUGAAGCACUGGCUAAUGCCACUAACAACUUUGGGUCAGAAAACAAGCUAGGGACUGGUGGUUUCGGCCCGGUCUAUAUGGGAAAAAUGGUUGAUGGCCACAAAAUUGCAGUUAAAAGACUUGCAAAAUCCUCGGGCCAAGGCAUUGAUGAGUUUAUGAAUGAAGUUGUGGUUAUUUCUAAACUUCAACACCGUAAUCUGGUUAGACUCCUUGGAUGCUGCAUUGAAAGAGAUGAAAAGAUGCUAGUUUACGAAUACAUGCCAAACAAAAGCCUGGACACCUAUCUAUUUGAUCCCAGUAAGCCUAAUUUACUUGACUGGAGAAAACGUGUUGUCAUCAUUGAGGGGAUCUGCAGAGGCCUUCUUUAUCUUCACCGGGAUUCGAGACUGAAAAUUAUCCAUAGAGAUCUGAAAGCAAGCAACAUCCUCUUAGAUGAAGAGCUAAAGCCAAAAAUAUCGGAUUUUGGCAUGGCAAGAAUUUUCGGAGGAGAUGAAGAUCAAGCCAAUACCAAUCGGGUUGUUGGGACAUAUGGAUAUAUGGCACCGGAAUAUGCAAUGGAAGGAAGAUUUUCAGAGAAGUCUGAUGUAUACAGCCUUGGAGUGCUGUUAUUGGAAAUUGUAAGUGGGAGGAGAAAUACAACCUUUUAUCUUGAGGAGAAUGAGCUGAACCUGCUACGAUAUGCCUGGAAAUUGUGGAAUGAAAAUGAAACAUCAAAAUUAAUCGAUAAACGGAUAUCUGAUCCAGGCAAUGAAACGGAGAUCUUGAGAUAUGUCCAUGUAGGACUGCUAUGUGUACAAGAGUUUCCGAAUGAUAGGCCAGAUGUCUCUGCUGUUCUUUCAAUGCUUAACAGUGAAAUUGCAGUCCUACCUCCUCCAAAUUUCCCUGCGUAUACAGAAAGAUUAUGUUCUUCGGCAGAAAGAACAGGCUCCUCGCACAGUGCUUAUUCCAUGAACAACUUCAGUAUAACAGUUGUUGAAGAAGAUAGCACAGCAAUAGAUACCAUUACAAUCACCAAGCCCAUCCAAGACCCACAAAGUGUAGUAUCCUCGGGCCAAACUUACAGAUUAGGCUUCUUUAGUCCUGAGAAUACUAGUAAUCGCUAUGUUGGAAUCAUAAUGAAUGUUCCUGAACUGACUGUUAUAUGGGUGGCUAACAGGGACAGACCCUUGAAGGAUUCUGCUGGAGUUGUGGCAAUUUCCAAUGAUGGUAAUAUUGUAGUCUUGAAUGGGAAGAAUGAAACAUUAUGGUCUUCCAAUGUUUCAAACCCUGCAGCGAAUUCUAGUGCUCAGCUUCUCAAAACUGGGAACUUAGUCUUGAGGGACAACGCAGAUGGAAGAUCAGUAUGGGAGAGUUUUCAGAUUCCUACUGAUAGUUUUGUCCAGACGAUGAAGCUAGGUGUAACUGUCAAGGGCAAGAGCCUGUUGACCUCCUGGAAAAGUCCUGAUCCGUCCAUUGGAAAUUUCUCUAUGGGUUUUGGCCCAAAACAAACUCCAGAAACCUUUGUCUGGAAUAACGGGAAACCUUAUUGGCGCAGUGGUCCGUGGAAUGGUACUGUGUUCAUCGGAAUCCCUGGCAUGUAUACUGCGUAUAUAAAUGGCCUACAUAUGGAUGCAAAUGAUGAUCCUACAUACCUGGUCCUUGAUAAAUUAAGUGAUUCAGUGGAUGUGUAUUACGUUUUGAAUUCCUCAGGAACUUUCUUGGAGAUGUUUUAUUAUGAGGGAAUAAAAGGAAAUCCUUUGGUAAUGUGGUCAAGUAUAGAAAGUCAAUGUGAUUUCUAUGGAAUAUGUGGCCCUUUCGGAUUAUGCAACCCGCUAAGUUCACCAAUUUGUUCCUGUUUACAAGGUUUCGAGCCUAGAGAUACAGACCAAUGGAAUAGAGGCAAUUGGACUGGUGGCUGCUUAAGGAAGACUGUGCUUCAAUGCGGGAGAAAUAGUUCAGCUGCUAAUCAGGAUGGGAUACAAGAUACAUUUCUGAAGCUUAGCAAUGUUAAAGUUCCAGAUUUCUAUUAUGUGGUAGAUUCCAUGAUUUCAAAUACAGAACAAAAAUGUGGUAACCAGUGCUCGAACAAUUGUACUUGCAUAGCCUAUGCAUUCAGAAGGGGUAUUGGUUGUAUGCAUUGGAGCAGUGGCUUACUAGAUAUGCAACAGUUCGAUUUUGAUGGAUCGGAUCUAUAUGUUCGUGUUGCUUACGCUGUUCUGGAUAAUGGCAAAAGCAAAAGGGGUCAGAAUGCAGUCAUCUCAAUCAUAGUGAUUGCAGUAUCUCUCCCCAUUAUUGGAUUCGUGUACUUCAUUUGCAAGUGGUUCACUAAAAGUAGAGCUCAAAUCAGCAAGAUGAGAACCUUGCUUGCUGAGAAUGAAGAACUUCAUCCUUACAGUUAUGAUCCAUUGGCUAAUGCAACAAAUAAUUUUCAUUCUCGCAAUAUGCUUGGGAAAGGUGGCUUUGGUCCAGUGUAUAAGGGGCAAUUGACAAAUGGACAGGAAAUUGCUGUGAAAACUCUUUCAAAUUCUACUGGUCAAGGGAAUGAAGAGUUUAUGAAUGAAGUUCUGGUUAUCUCUAAACUCCAACACAGAAAUCUUGUUAGACUCCUCGGCUACUGCGCUGAACGAGAAGAAAAAAUUCUUGUCUAUGAGUACAUGCCAAACAAAAGCUUGGAUUCAUAUCUAUUUGAAGGGAUAAGUAGAGGUCUGCUUUAUCUUCACCGAGACUCAAGGCUGAAGAUAAUCCAUAGAGAUCUUAAAGCAAGUAACAUCCUCUUGGAUGCUGAGUUCAAUCCAAAGAUAUCUGAUUUUGGUUUAGCAAGAGUUUGCAGGGGCAACCAAGAUCAAACAAAUACAAAUAGGGUCGUUGGAACAUUCGGAUACAUGGCACCCGAAUAUGCCAUGCAAGGAAAAUUUUCAGAGAAGUCAGAUGUCUACAGCUUUGGAGUUUUGUUGUUGGAGAUUUUGAGUGGAACAAGAAAUAUAAGCUUUUACAGUGCACAAAAUGAUCUGAGCCUAAUAGGACAUGCCUGGAAGCUGUGGCAUGAAAAUGAGACAGCAAAAUUUAUCGAUCCAAGAAUAUUUAACGAGCACAACGAGAUGGAGAUCUCAAAGUACGUCCACGUUGGCCUGCUGUGUGUGCAAGAAUAUGCAAAAGAUAGGCCGAACAUGUCUUCUGUUCUUCUGAUGCUUAACAAAAGAGAAUAUUCCCCGCAAAAAGGUAGCAUAGCCAUGGAUACCAUUACAAUCUCUGAACCUAUUCAAGACCCACAAAGUAUAGUUUCCUCUGGCAAAACUUACAGAUUAGGCUUCUUUAGUCCUGUAAACACUAGUUAUCGCUAUGUUGGGAUCAUGAUGAAUAUUACUGAACUGACUGUUAUAUGGGUUGCUAACAGAGACAGACCCUUGAAGGAUUCUGCUGGAAUUGUGGCAAUUUCUGAUGAUGGUAAUGUUGUUGUCUUGGACGGGAAGAAGGAAACAUUAUGGUCUUCCAAUGUUUCAAAACUUGCAGCGAAUUCUAGCGCCCAGCUUCUCGACACUGGGAAUUUAGUUUUGCGGGAUAAUUCAGAUGGAAGAGCAAUAUGGGAAAGUUUUCAGAAUCCUACUGACUGCUUUGUAAAGAAGAUGAGGCUAGGUUGGUCCGUGGAAUGUUUACAAAGUCAGUGUGAUAUCUACGGAAAAUGUGGCCCUUUUGGAUUAUGCAACCCUUGGCAUUCGCCAAUUUGUUUGUGUUUACAAGGUUUUGAGCCAAGAGAUAAGAAUGAAUGGAGAAGAGGCAACUGGACUGGUGGCUGCCUAAGAAAGGAAGCGCUUCAAUGCGGUAGAAAUAGUUCAGUCGCUAAUCAAGAUGGCAAACAAGAUGGAUUUCUAAAGCUUAGCAACAUUAAAGUUCCAGAUUUCUCAUAUGUGGUAGAUUUAAUGAUAUCAUCAAGUAGAGAAGCAGAAUGUCGCAACCAAUGCUUGAACAACUGCACUUGUGUAGCCUAUGUGUUCAGUAGAGGUAUUGGUUGUAUGCACUGGCGUGCUGGCUUAAUAGAUAUGCAACAAUUCACCUUCGAUGGAUCUGAUCUAUAUGUUCGUGUUGCUUACUCAGUUCUUGAUGAUAGAAAAAGCAAAAAGGACAAACGUGCACUCAUCUCAAGCAUAGUUAUUGUGCUGUCUUUAUCCUUUGUUGGAUUUUUAUAUUUCAUUUGCAAGUGGUUCACCAAAAGUAGAGCGCAAAUAAGGAAGAUGAAAACCAUGCUAGCAGGGAAUGAAGAACUUCAUCUUUACAGUUAUGCCACAUUGGCUAAUGCUACAGAUAAUUUUCAUUCUCGAAAUAUGCUUGGGAAAGGCGGUUUUGGUCCAGUGUAUAAGGGGGGAUUGACAAAUGGCCAGGAAAUAGCCGUGAAGUGUCUUUCAAACUCGUCUACUCAAGGGAGUGAAGAGUUUAUGAAUGAAGUCCUGCUUAUUUCUAAACUCCAACACAGAAAUCUCGUUAGACUCCUUGGCUGUUGUGCUGAACGAGAAGGAAAAAUGCUCGUGUAUGAGUACAUGCCGAACAAAAGCUUGGAUGCAUAUCUAUUUGACUCAAACGGGCAAGUUUUUCUUGACUGGAAAAGGCGUAAAAUCAUCAUAGAAGGAAUUAGUAGGGGCUUGCUUUAUCUUCACAGAGAUUCGAGACUGAAAAUCAUCCAUAGAGAUCUUAAAACAAGUAACAUCCUCUUGGAUGCAGAGUUCAAUCCGAAGAUAUCUGAUUUUGGCUUAGCAAGAACUGUUGGAGGCAACCAAGAUCAAGCUAAUACAAAUAGGAUCGUUGGGACAUACGGAUACAUGGCCCCCGAAUAUGCAAUGCAAGGAAAAUUUUCAGAGAAGUCAGAUGUGUAUAGCUUUGGAGUUUUGCUGUUGGAGAUUUUAAGUGGAAUUAGAAAUGUGAGCUUUUACAGUGCAGAAAAUGAUCUCAGCCUCGUAGGACAUGCCUGGAAGCUGUGGCAUGAAAAUGAGACCGCAAAAUUCAUUGAUCCAACGAUAUUCGAUGAACGCAAUCUGAUGGAGGUGUCAAGGUACAUCCAUAUUGGCUUGCUGUGUGUGCAAGAGUAUGGAUUCGAUAGGCCAAACAUGGCUUCUGUUCUUUCGAUGCUUAACAGUGAAAUUGCGGAGCUGCCUCGUCCCAAGUUACCAGCCUAUGCCCGAACAAUGAUGUGUUCUUCAGAGAGUGUACACUCUCAUCAAAGUGUCCAAUCCUCCAAUGAUGUUACUAUAACUACUCUUUUAGGGCGAUAA